CUUCCUCAUUCCUCUUUGGCUCGUUGUCGUCCAGCAUUGAUUUGCCCCGACUCGCUUUAAAGCAGCACGUGGGUCUAAAUUGUAUUACUGUAAACUGCAUCAUGCGGUUAAGUGUAGCUCAUCUCUGGAGAGCCGGUUAGUCUACACCACACUGUGCCGAAGAUUGACAAAUGUUGGACAUUGAUUUUAUUCAGAUCUCACUCCAGUGACACUCACCAACAAUGAGCAGUGGAGUGAAUGUCAAAGUCAUAUCUCAGAGCCAGAGUGACGCAGGUGUCAGCUCUAGUCUUCCUUUACCUCGAAGCAUGCUGCCACUCUCCAAGAUGGAUCCCAAACAGCAGUACAGCGGUCUCCCCAACCCUACAGUGCGCUAUCAGCAUGCUGCCAAAAGACGGCCUUCCUACUCUUCAUCUUCGGUGUCCUCAGGUCCUGCAGAGCUGCUGAGAGGUGCAGCUUUAAAGAACCACCUGCUGCAGCAAAAGAGCAGUGUGUAUUCUCACAGAAGCCCAGCAGCUACAGAGCGAAGCGAUGGAACGUGCUCAGCAUACAGUAGCCCUCAGGUACCAAAAAGAGAAGUCCCACGGUCUAAAGAUACACUGGACCUCCGCAACAGCAUGCUGACCCAGAAGGCUUUGCGGGACCUCCAGUUAAGACGAAACGUCAACAAGAACUGGACCUUUGGGAAAUAUCGCCUCAGGAGUGUGGACAAUGCAGAUGAUGAUGAUGCCUUGUGCCGGCUCCCGGCUAACGUCCAGCAAGUCCAGGGAAGAGGGCGUCAUCUUUUUACUAAAGGUGCAACAAAUGGUAAUGAGAUAUCAGCGGUGUCCACGGGUGGAACUGCGGAACUCCAGAAAGAGCUUAGCAACAUUUCCAACCAGGAACGGGGAGCUUCUGAGGGACAGGUGUCCAGCGACAAAUCAAAGUCUUCUUAUCAGACAUGCAACAUGCCACGGAGAGGGAGUGAGCCGGGGAAAGUCAACAUGGCUGCUGUUGCUCCCUUCAGGUUCAGGUUUCAAAUUCAUGAGGACACAGAUGCCACCCUGGAUGAUCUGAGUGACUGCUCCUCUGACUCCAUGGAGGUCUGCUGUGAUGAUUUGGGAGGCAUGCUUGGAAAUAGUGUGAAAGGCAGAGGAGAUUUGAAAAUGGAAAGGACGGAUAGCACAAAGGCAUACGGCCAAACAGAUGGCAAAGGAGUUGGUAUGGCAGCUAAGAGGGCAAAGUCUGGAGUGCCCCAGAGCACGCAGCGGGGUGAACUGAAGGUUUACCGGGCAGGUAGCUCUGAGGGCAGGCUACCUGUGCCCUCCAAUCUCCGCAAGCAGAGGUCUAUGACAAACCUGGCUGUACUCACUGAUGCUGAGAAGAAGUUGCAUCUUUAUGAGCCAAAGUGGUGUGAUGACAUGGCCAAGCCCGGAGCAGGGCAGACCAAGAUGGGCAAGCCAAAGACAGCGGGAGGCGGCACCGGUACCGGAGGGGGCGCCCCUCUCUCUCGAAACCUAUCCAAAUCUGAGCAUUCGCUGUUCCAGGGCAAACCUAAGCCCUUCAGCCCGCUGGCAGCUCCCUCUGCCCUGAGCAAGCAGAGCCGCAUACCUCGUGGCCCUUACGCUGAGGUGAAGCCCCUGAGCAAAGCACCUGAGGAUGGAAAGUCAGAUGACGAGAUCCUCUCCAGCAAGGCAAAGGCCAACGCUAAGAAACAGGGAGCCGGGGCCGGAGGGGAGUCCGGUUCCAAAGGCCAGGUGGAGGAAGGGGGAGACAAGCCCUUCCUGAAGGUGGACCCAGAGCUGGUGGUGACAGUGCUGGGUGACCUGGAGCAGCUGCUCUUCAGUCAGAUGUUAGACCCUGAGUCUCAGAGGAAACGGACCGUGCAGAAUGUCCUUGACCUCCGCCAGAAUUUGGAGGAUACCAUGUCAAGUUUGCGGGGCUCCCAGCUUAGCCAUAGCUGUCUGGAAAGCAGUAAUGUGGGCUAUGACAGUGAUGAGACCAACGCUCGCAGCAUAUCUAGCCUGUCCAACCGCUCUUCACCUCUCUCCUGGCGCCAUGGCCAGUCCAGCCCCCGUCUCCAGGCAGGUGACGCCCCAUCCGCCACGGGUGGGGGAUACCAGGGGAGUAAGACUGGCUCCCAGUAUACCGCCCAUACCAUGCCCGCUCGCUGCUCUAGCCGACUCAGCAGCACGUCUCGCAUCGAGCUCAUCGAAGGGCUGGAUGUGGACGACACCGAUCUCAAGUCUGGUUACCUGAGUGACAGUGACCUUCUAGGAAAGAUCCUGCCUGAUGACGAUGAUGACAACCUGGCAAACGGCUGGGAUGAAAGCAGCUCCAUAAGCAGCGGGCUCAGUGAUGGUGAUGGCGAUGGCUCGGAGAACCUCAGUUCAGAGGAGUUCAAUGCCAGCUCCUCUCUUAACUCCCUCCCAAGCACACCCCUGGGAUCCAGACGGAACUCUUCUGUUAUGCUCCGCACUGAUGCAGAGAAGCGCUCCCUGGUGGAAAGCGGACUGUCUUGGUAUAGCGAGGAUGGUAAGGCCAGCCACAAGCUUGAUAGUUGCAGCUAUGAAACAGGGAGCCUCAAGACAGAGGCCCCAAGCAAGUGGCGAAAGAAGCCUCCGAGCCUCAGUGAAGAUUUAGGGGGUAAAGGUGAACUGAAGAAGCCACAAAGUUUGGGUCAGCCAGGGAGUUUCAAGAAGGGUCGUAAUCCUCCUGUGGGCGUGACCUCCCCCAUCACCCAUACCUCUCAGAGCGUGCUCAGAGUUGCAGCACCUAAAAGUGAGAAGCCACUGGACAAAUCCAAGAUUUCCAUUAAAACUGCUGGUCUGCAACGGUCUCGUUCUGACGCCGGCAGGGAUCAUCAUGGAGAGCACCGCAAGCCGCCAUCAGGUUUAGUUAAACCCUCUGCUGGAGCCUCCUUUGGGUACAAGAAACCACCAACAGCCACUGGUACCGCCACUGUUAUGACAGCAGGGGGCGCCACCAUCUCCAGUGGCUCUGCUACUGUAGGGAAAACCCCCAAGUCCUCUGGCAUCCCUGUGAAGCCUGUGGGAGGAGGAACACCCUCUGGUCGCAAAAACAGUUUUGAUGCCAGCAGUGAGCAGAGCUUCCUGGGGCCAAACGCCCGAAACAGCAUUCAGUACCGCAGCCUGCCUCGACCGGCCAAAUCAAGCACGCUCAGUGUGAUUGGUCGCCCUGCAACUCGGCCUGUCAGCGGCAGCAUUGACCCCAGCCUCUUGAGUUUGAAACCUGUGCCCGUGGCUUCUGCAGGGCCUAGGGUUAAAGAGCCUAGUAGCUGCAGCAGUAAAAUGGCUAAUCGAACAAGCACAGGCCCAGUGAAUCAGACAGACAGAGAGAAGGAGAAGGAGAGAGCCAAGGCCAAGGCUGUGGGCGUUGACAUAGACUGUGGCUCUUUGAAAGGAGAGGGGACUCAGUCUGAAUCAACAGGAGAGUCUGCCGUGAAACUACACGGCCUGAGACGGACCAGCAGCAGCAAAUACCCCGAACUGUCAUCACCCACCACACCAAGGAUGCUGAACACCAAGUCACUGGGUCGUCCACCCAGCCUGGCUCACCUGGACAAAGUCAACUCUAACAGUCUCGACUCCUGCGUGACCAUCCAGGACCUCCCACCCAAAGUCCCCCCCUACUCCAAGCUUCAGGACUUGGCUGGUUCCCACACAACUGCCCGCCUCAUCCCCAGCCCAGCGCCUGUCCUCCACAUCGAUUCCCCCAGUUCCUACACCAGUGAAAGCCUGAGUCUGAGCGGUUCACCCCUCCUCUAUCCCAAACUGUCUGGCAUGCACCGCAGCAUGGAGUCCCUGCCCCUCCAGAUGAGCGUACCCUCCAGCGCAAGGUUUGUCACAACUGAGAUGCAUAACAAGGAGGAGAGGGGUACGGGAACCUGGGGGGCUGGGAGCAGAACAUCCCUCAACCUCUCAGAUAGCUUACAAACAGACAGAAAUACCUUGCCGAAGAAAGGCUUAGAGCGCUAUGGCUCAAGCCUGUCAGAGAGUGAUGGAAGCAAACCGGGAAGGCGCCACUCCCACACGAUAGUCAGCAUGACAGAGAGCGAUAGCCCCCCUCAGCUGCCUUCUCCCACCCGUCCACUCCACCCCUCCUCCAGCAAGGCUCCUCUCACCAACGUGGUUGCCCCAAUUUCCAGUGGCACUCCAAGGAUAUCACGCUCUAACAGCAUAGGCCCCCCUAGUGACUCAGCCUGCGAUCUCUAUGGAACCUCCCCCCUGGGCAGCAGUAUGUCCCUGGCUGACCGUCCAAAAAGCAUGAUGCGGUCUGGGUCUUUCCGUGAACCAGGGGACGAUGUGCACGGCUCUGUACUGUCUUUGGCGUCCAAUGCUUCAUCCAACUAUUCUGCGAAUGAGGAGAGGAUACAAGGGGAGCAAAUCCGCAAGUUGAGGCGUGAGCUGGAAAACUCGCAGGAAAAGGUUGCUGACUUGACCAUGCAGCUUUCUGCCAAUCUAGGCCAGGCUAAUCUGGUAGCAGCAUUUGAGCAGAGCCUGGCGUUGAUGACGGCACGCCUCCAGACCCUGUCGGUCUCCUCAGAGCAAAAGGACUCUGAGCUCACUGAGCUGAAGGAGACCAUUGAGAUUCUGAAGGCCAAAAAUACAGAGGCCCAAGAAAUCAUUCAGGGGGCUCUCAGUAAUCCAGACAUCACACCUAAAGAGCUGCUGAUCAAUCGCCAGAAUUCCUCAGAGAGCAUCUCCAGCCUCACCAGCACCACCAGCCAUUCAAGUAUGGGCAGUCUUAAAGAGCAGGAGGCCAAGAAGAAGAAGAAAAAGAGCUGGUUGCGCAGCUCCUUCAAUAAGGCUUUUAGUAAGAAGGGCUCCAAGCCAUCAGGGCCGUAUGCUGACAUCGAGGAGAUUUCCACCCCAGAAUCCUCUGCACCUUCUUCCCCCAAGGUUCACCAUGACAGUGAUAAUCAACCCACAAUGAAAUCCUUAACCUCUGCUUCAUCGUCAGGACUCUGUGAAGGAGGUGAGGCAGUGGAUGAUAAGGUUGUAACAGAACUGCGUACAGAGCUGUGGGAGAAGGAGCGGAAACUGACUGACAUCCGUCUAGAAGCUCUAAGCUCUGCUCAUCAGCUGGAGCAGCUACAGGACGCCAUGAACAGCAUGCAGAGAACAGUGGAGAACCUGAAGGCUGAGAAUGACCAGCUGAAGACGGGUGGUCUGUCCCCCUGUCCAUCUCCUGGACCCUCCAGCUCUGUCUCCCAGUCCUCAGGUCUCACCACGCUGGGAAAUUCAUCACCUCGACAGUCAGUAGCCAUGCACAUGCCCAAAAGCUACAGCAGAGGGAUGAGUGAGGGGAGCAGCUCAGAUGUCCACUCUGCAGAUUCUCUCAGCCUUUCCUCACAGAGAGAUGACCAUCGUGUUAGGGUGGUGGUUUGUGCUGCAGACUUACAUGUCUUCAAAGAUGAGGUUAAGCAGCAGGAUUUCUUUGUGGGCACUGUCAGGGUGAAUGGCAGGAUGGACUGGACCAUGCUGGAUUCAGCUGUCAGCCAGGCUUUCAAGGUGUACAUAGCUAAAGUGGACCCCACCUCCAGUCUGGGCCUGUCUACUGACUCCAUCUACAGUUACAGUAUGGGUCACAUUAAGAGAGUGCUGGGAGGAGAGGCUCCUGAGACCCAGCCCUCUCGCUGCAUGUCUCGAGGCCCCAGCAGCAUCACUGUGUCUCUGAAAGGUUUGAAGGAGAAGUGUGUGGACAGCCUGGUAUUUGAAACCCUAAUUCCCAAACCCAUGAUGCAACACUACAUCAGUCUGCUCCUCAAACACCGCCGUCUCAUCCUGUCUGGACCGAGCGGGACGGGUAAGACCUACCUCGCUUCCCGGCUGGCUGAGUACCUGGUGGACCGCAGCGGCCGCGAAGUCACCGAUGGUAUCGUGGUCACUUUCAACAUGCACCGCCAGUCAUGCAAGGAUCUCCAGCUUUAUCUUUCCAACUUGGCCAAUCAAAUAGAUCGGGAAACAAGCACAUCAGAAAUACCGCUGGUAGUCAUCCUGGAUGAUGUUCAUGAUCCUGCUUCCAUCAGCGAACUUGUCAAUGGCGCUCUCACCUGCAAAUAUCACAAAUGUCCUUACAUUAUUGGAACAAGCAAUCAGCCAGUGAAGAUGACUGCAAACCAUGGUCUGCAUCUCAGCUUCAGGAUAGUGACCUUCUCCAACAAUGUGGAACCAGCCAACGGCUUCCUGGUGCGAUAUUUGCACAGGAAGCUGAUGGAGUCGGAGGAUGAGACAAACUUGACCAAUGAAGACCUGAUCAAGGUGUUAGACUGGGUGCCUAAGCUCUGGUAUCACCUUCACACCUUCCUGGAGAAGCACAGCACAUCAGACUUCCUCAUUGGCCCAUGCUUUUUCCUGUCAUGUCCAGUCACAGUAGAUGAGUUUAGGUCAUGGUUCAUUGAUCUUUGGAACCACUCUAUUAUUCCAUACCUGCAGGAGGGGGCCAAGGACGGCAUUAAGGUCCAUGGCCAGAAGGCUGUAUGGGAGGACCCAGUAGAGUGGGUGAGGGGCACUCUGCCUUGGCCGUCUGCCCAGCAGGACCAGGCAAAACUGUUCCACCUUCCUCCCCCCAGCAUCGGCUCCAGCAGCCCAGGUCAGCCCUGCGAGGAGAGGCCUCACAAGGAGACUCCACCCAGCUCCAUGGAAUCUGAUCCCCUGAUGGCAAUGCUUCUGAAACUUCAAGAGGCUGCCAAUUACAUUGAAUCCCCAGACAAAGAAGACCCUAGCCUUCCUAAACUUUGAACACAAAGCUUACACUUUAACACUUAGCACUUCAAAUUUUAUUUUUCUGUCCACUGUACUGACGCAGUGCACAUUCAGGAACAAGUUAAACCCUCAGAAAUGGUUGUAGGGUGAUUUCAACCUCCAUUCCCACAGUAGGUUAAAAGUGUAACUGGGUUAUUACAAAUCAUUUUAAUACAUACAGUAUUUUCAGAAACUGUUCACAAGUAUUGAAUUAAAAACUAUAUUCUAUUACUUUAUGAUAUAUUUGACUGGAUGACAUUCACUUGAGUUCAGGUCCCUUUACCAACAUGUUAGCCCUCAGUACUCUUAGAUCGGUGCUAAUAGAUCAUUAUGAAGCUCAUGAUCUCAGCACUUCAGGUGAUUUCUUCACCAGCACACACAGUCCAUCCUGUGUUGUGCUCAAGUGCAUCAUGGGAUGUGGAGUCCUUGUCAACGGGAGCUACUCUCAAUUCAUGGUUACUCAUUUUGGAAAAGAGUAUGACAGCAUGACAGAUGCUACUGUUUAAUGCAAAGUUCUUUGGUACAUAUCUACUGUAUAAGUCCUUGAAGGCCAAAUCUUAUACAUAUGCAAUCCUGAACUUUACAACCCGAGCAGGUGAAACAAAUAAAAUGCCUUAAGAACAAAGAGGUCAAAGUCAGCUCAACUUCAGCAGAGUAUACUGGUGCUUUCAUCAAUAUCAUCCAGACUAGGAUGGUCAGAAAUCAGUUAUUUCUUCAAGUCUCUACAUUAUUUAUUUCAAUUAAUCAUCUUUAUUUUUCAGAAAACAAAUUAUAUAACAAUGCAGGAUAAAUUGUCAGUGUAUGUUUUCACAUAUUUUUACAUCUACUUUAAUGGUUUAUAAGUUAAAAUUAAACUUGCUGUCAUACUCUUUUUGCACACAACAAAUAGUAUUUAUUAGUGAUGGGAGUUCAUCAAUUUGCCGGUUUUUUUUCCCAAGCACUUAGUUUUACUAACUGCGUUAUGUAAAACAAGCAGUGUCACCAGUGUUGCCAUAUAUAUCAGGUAUUAGAUACUUAUUACACAGGGAUAAUAUGACAUAACAGACACCCUCUGACUAAACAGAAUGAGCAAAUGUUAUUUGAAUCCAAUUCAGAUUUCUUUGUCUAUACAGUUUAUCCAGGAUAGAGAAUGUUUGUUUCAAAUCUCCUCCCCCAUAUUCUGAGUAGUUACUGUAUAUAUUAUGUACAUACAAUCAGGCUACAUCGCAGUUAUUUUAUCUACAUUAGUUGGUGCAAAUAUCUAAUAUACUGAACCAAAUACUGUACUUUAAUCAUGCAUAUUGACUGUCAAUUAAAGGGUUUAAGUUUAACUAAGAAUGUAUAGAAAACACUUAUAAAACAACCAUAUAACAGUAUACAUUGUCUAGUAGGUGCUUUUAAAAGAAGCCUUAUCACGAAGCUCCACUGCAAAACACUUUUAACAAUGGCUGAGUAGAGUGACUUUAAAGCUACCUAUGCCCAUUUCAUUUGCAACAUGCUCUCAUCAAACAGAGUUUUAAAAAAAUCUCUCGUCACUCAUGCUAUUAUCAUCAUUUAGGUACGUAUGGUGCUCUUUAACAGUGUCCCAAACUGUUUUAGUGUUGAAUAAAGGUUAUGUAGAUGUUCAGGGUAGGUUAGCAAAGGUUAUGUGUCAUAGAUCAGUCAAAACACUAAAGAAAUGUGAAAUUGAUCUGGAUGAUGUUUGCUUUUUUUAUCAUUAUUAUUUUUCUUUAGGACGUGUUGUUGACGAAGUGUUGAAGACAUUAUGUAGAGGCAGUGAAGUCAUGUGAGACAUUGUAUGGUGUUAUGCCCAUGUAGAUGUCGUACUGUAUUCAUAUUUAAGAACAUUUUGGGUACACGACACUGAAACAAGCGCAUUAGGAAGAGAACUUGUUCCAAGGGAAGAGUAAAAAGCGGAAGAUUAAAGCUGUUUAUAAAAUACUUUGUGUAGAUUUUUGUAAAGAAGCCCUAAUAGAGUAAAAGACAGAUAUGGUUGUGCAAGUGGUGUCCAAUAAUUCAUCUGUUCAUCCCAAACUGUGUCAUUGUUUUGGUGCUCAGACUAAACUUAACACGUACGCAAACCCUGUAAAUGAAUGUCCGACCACUUUUAUGACAGCUUGAUAAGAAAGUUCAACAUUUUGAAUUGUGUCUGAGCUGCUCAUUGCUUCACUGUUGCACUUUUUGCAUAAGGCUGAUAACAAAACUUGAAGCCGUAGCUCCUGAUUGGUCACCUGUAAACAAAAAAAAUGAAUUAAUUAAACGCAUUACAGAGGAAAAGAUGCCAAAUGGCUGGUGAGUCUCACCCUGCCCGUACGCCGUUUGAGAAUCAUUUGUGCUAUUGUAAAUAUUUCAGGUAUUAGACAGUAUUACUGACCCCACCCUGAUCUGUUUCUGCAGGUUAACAAAAGCCAUCAGCUCAAGCUUCUCAUCUCAUUCACUGGUUGUUGUGCCUGUUGCUCUGUAGUACUGUAGCUGUGAUUUGUGUUUGCUUACUAGUGUUAUCAGGACUAUGCAGCAACUUCUACUGGUGUUGGCAAUCAGCAAAUGUCUGAACUUCACGAGCAAACGCGGUCUCUUUUCAUCUGGUCUGUCUUUAAGUUUUUAACUUGGACCAAACUGCACCAUAGUAUAAAAGUGUAAGCUUGCUUGAGCAGGUGAUACUGAGCCUUAAAGAGAGGAGGAUUUGCUUCGGCGUUGCAUUGAAAACAGGGUUCACAGAUGUAGUUAAAAAAAUUCAGCUUUGGAAGCUGUUUUGUGUGUUUUGUCCUUAUGAAUGGCAACAAAAGUAACGCAACUGGACUUGCAAAUGGUCAAAUGACCAUAAACAAGAUAAAGAUGAUUUAAAAAUCAAAUGAUGAGCCUGUAAUAGUCGGAUGGAAUCAGCUCUUCACAGUUUGCAUAGUUGAUUUUAAGCAGAAUUAAACCAGAUAGCAAGAUAAAUCUGAUAUCUUAGGCCAAUACAGGUUGCUGAAUAGUCAUAUUUUUGCAAAGCUUGUUGUGGACUAAACUAAGAUUUAAAAAAAAAUAUGUUAUGCAGUAUCUAAUGUCACUGAUGUGCAAAUGUUAAGGGUUUCUAAGUGUUGUAAAUGCAUGUAAACUUGCUGUGUGAUGAGGAAAAAAAAUGUUAACAUUGAUGUAUUGUUUAGGAAAAUCAUUCUAGAUAAUGUUUUCCUUUUUAAUACUCAGAUAUUUGAUAUUUCUUUUUUUUUCUAAAGAAUCCUUUGUAAAACUUAAUUUCUCUAUUUUGUACAGGACAUCAUUGUAAAGAUUGUAAAUAGGUCAGCAUUCUGGAUGCGGCAACAAUCAUUGAGGAGGGAAAAAAAAGUCAUCAUUGAGAGAAAGGUAUAUUUCUUCAGAGUUGGGUCCAAUACAUGGAUAAGGCAUGCUUCUGAGGGCUUUCAUCCACCUAUCACUGUUUGUUGGAAUCAAUAAAAUACAUGUUAUAUUUA